GCCGGGACCACCGAUGAGCGCACGCCGCAUCCUUAUCACUCGAACGACAUCUUCGGAAAGGGGCGCCUACGUUGUCGUCACUGCUCAAGGCCUUCACUUCUGUUCUUAAAAUUUUUUCAUGAAGUGCUCAUUCGAGCUUUUAAGCGAUACUGCACGAUGCGCAUGUGACUCCCUAAUAAUGUAACCUCUGCCAUUACGAGCUUGAGGAAACAACAAUUAUGAACGGCAAGAAGGGUGUCCAAUUGGCCAAGCAGCGGCAACAUCUGUGCCCAGGUAUCGCAGUUAAGUAUGCCAUUGAUAAAUGGCUAUACGCAUUUUUGGGGCACGCUUUCAUCAUCUUAGGAGGCCUUGUCGGUCUUUUGCUCCUGCCUGCGCUGCUGGUCAGCCACCACUUGCAUCAGGCCUUCUUCGCCUCAAUCUACAGAAUGGGUCAGUGGAUCUGGGGGCACAGCUUUGCUGAAGUUCGACGCACUCUACUGACGCAGCUUGACGGCUUAGUGUCGCACAGCGAGUCGCUCAAGGCUCGAGGAGCUGUUCGUGUGCUUGAGGUAGGCGCAGCCUUCGGACCCAACCUAGAAUUCAUGUGUCGACCUGUCGAGUACUGGAAGAUGGAGCCAAAUACUCAGUUCGACGCAGCGUUCCAGAAUAACCUCCAGGCGAAUCCAAAGGUGCAGCUGGAACGUUCAAUAUGUGGCUAUGGUGAGAACAUGGACAUGAUAACGGACGGCUUCUUUGAUGCUGUGCUGAUGACCUACGUACUCUGCUCAGCGCAAGACGGCCGCAAACUUCUGGAUGAGUGCAAGCGUGUUCUGAGAAAGGGUGGACUUCUCCUCUUUAGCGAGCACGUGGGCCAUCCGAAGGGCAGCCUGGCCAGAGCUUUCGAAGAAUUCUUCACCCCGUUGGCCAAGAAUGUAGCCUGCGGAUGCCACUUGAAUCGUGAUAGCGGAGAUUUGAUAAGAAGUUCUGGAUUUGCCAGCCUUGAAAUGUACGAAUUAAACCUGGACAUCCCGUUUGUGGUAAGCCGCCAAAUAUAUGGUGUUGCCACAGCAUAAACAAGCCAAUGUAAGCACGAUUUGCAUAAUUUUUUUAUACUGCUCUUCUAAUAAACAUUUCGUUCUUGGGAAGAAAUACGGACCAAU